GCAGCAGCAGCAGAAUCAGCAGCAACAACACGGCCACGCCAGCCCCUCGCCCUGGGCGGCAGCUGAAUCUGAUGGCGUCUCACCAGCAGAACAGGAUUCAAGCCUACCUGGAGAAGAACAAGAUCGGGCCCCUAUUCGAGGAACUGAUGACCAAGCUGAUAACAGAGACUCCUGACCAUCCAAUCCCAUUUCUCAUUGACCACCUCCAGUCCAAACAGGGAAGCCGUAGUCAGCUUCAGAGGACACUGUCUGGAUCUGCUGCUCUCUGGGCAGAAAGUGAAACUUCAGAAAAUAAAGGAACAAGAAGAGAUUUCAGAAGCUAUGAUAAACCCUGGCAGACAAAUGCAAAGAAGCCUAAAAAAUCAAAGAGUGACCUUGCAGUAUCCAACAUUUCGCCCCCAUCACCAGAGUCCAAAUCUUUGCCAAGAUCAGCAGAACACCCCAAAUGGGACUGGAGGACAAAAUCAGAGCAUCAUGAUUUUGAUGAAUUAAACCAUAUUCUUCAAGAAAGUAAGAAGCUGGGUAAAGCCCUGGAGAAUCUUUCUCGAAGCAUUGCCAUUUCUGAUGAGAUUGAUAAGGACACAGCAGCCUUUAAUGCUCCCCUUUUACGCCCCCGUGUUGUUGGAGAAUGGGUUGGCCGUGAAGAGAACGAUGCAGACCCAUUGGCUGCCGAAAUGCUGCAGCCUCCAAUACCAAGAAGCAAAAUGGAACAAUGGGAUAGCGAAGAUAGCAGCAGUCCUGGAGGAAGUUUAAAGAUGGAACCAAAGACUAAAGGAUUGAAACAUCAGCAGCAGCAACAUAAGAAGCUACUCGCUGCCAUGCUCUCCCAGGAUUCGUUUGAUUCUGUACAAAGCACAGCUCCAUCAGUAACAGAAGAAGAUAUUGACAAUGAAGAUGAUGCUAUGGAACUGCUGGAGGAUCUUGAUGAUUUAAGAAUGGAAGGGGUAACCAGUGUCAUUUCUUGUGGGAGCAAAUUUAACCAAACCCGAAGUACACAUACAGCUGAACCACAAGCCAAGGUCACAUUGAACAUCUGUGCUAGGUGUGCAAGACUGCAAGGAGAUAACUUGGCAGAAAGAACAGAGGAUGUAUCUGUUGCGUCCCAGACUCUUGAGCAAGAAGUACCACAAUCUGUCGCGUCAGUGCCUGGAGCAGAAAUUUCAAUGGAAAGCAGUGAUGAAUUGGAGAAUGUACUCCAAGCAGCAGAGCAGAAUCAACCAGUUUGGGAUCUAGACAUUAUGAGUUCCAGCAGUGGAGACUCCCAAAGCCAGAAGCUAUUGAAAGAUUCAUUGGCUGCAAAAGAACUUCAAACCAUGGAAAAACACCUUGCUGACAUCGCAAAGGACCUUGCGCUAUGGGAAGAAGGAAGACUAUUGCGGAAUACCAGUAGCCAACAAACUAAUUUACUUGCACUAGAUCACCAAGGAAAUUUUAAAGUUCCACCAAGCCAGGAUUCAGGACCUCAAGUGCCAAGUCUGACUGGGAAAGAUAUUCAGCUCCAGCUUCAAAGAAACAAAUCGCCACCAUUAUCCAGCAACAAUAGACUGCCGGUCUCAUGUGUCACAAACAGUAGGCCUCAAUCUCCCAGUACACAGACCAACAGGUCUUCUGUGCUCCCAGCUCCAGCAAACAGGCCUGCAGCCCCAAAUGCUUUGUUGCAAAGACCUCUUUCCCCUAGCAACCAAGGAAACAAGGAAGGAGUCAUUAGUAUGCAGAGAAGCAGGUCUUUAAUAUCAAAGAACCAAGUUGGGAGGACCAUCACCACUCCCUCGGGGCUCCUGGAAACAAGCGGAGACACUCUAGGAAACGUCACUCAAAGAAGCAGUUUGUCCGAAGAUGAAUUCUUACAACUUCAACUUGCCCACCAGCCUUGGAUUUUACCAAGCGAUAACGAAAGCGAAGGAGUGGAAGCAGAUCUAGAUAAACGUUUGUGAACAAAAUCGGUGGAAGUAAUGAAGAAUGGUUUCUCAUAAUUAUAUAACCUGCAAGUGAAAAGUUCUUUUCACUGAUUGUGUAUAAUAAAAGCUUAUUUUUAUAAAUUCAACAGAACGUAAGUGGAAUUAUUUUAAUGUGUGUAUGCUAAAAUGCACUAACCUCAUAUCUAUCUUAUUGUACAAUGGCCUUAGGUAAAGAUGAUUAACAGUCACUUUUUAAUACAUAGUCCAUAAUAUAAUGUAUUUUAUUUAUACCCCUCUUAAUUUGAUAUAUAAAACUUUGCCUGAUGAAACGAAAGUUUUCCUUAAAAGAUUUUAUGCAUAUAACUUGACUAAGGUUUUCUACUCCUUAUAUUUUUCUAAACUUUCCUCAUUUUUAAAUCAAUAAACUUUUAAAGUAUUUAGCCACAUCUGCCGAUAUGUAUAUAUAACAUUCAAAUGUCACGGAUGGUUGGCUUUUCACUCAUAACCAUGGUAGAAAUUUGCAGAGACAAAAGAAAGGAAUGAAUGGUGUGUGGGGCACGUGUGGUUUUUUUUUUUUACAUGUGUUUGUGUGCAUGUGUACUCACACAAGCCUAACUAUUAAGAAUCAGCGGUUUCACAUUGCUUUUACUGAGUUCUAAUUAAAUCCUUUACAAAAUAAACAGACUACUAAGUGAAAUAAUGUGGAAUGCAGCAUGCACAAAUGAAAUAUACUAGUUUUAAAAAUGAUAUUCUUUACUCAUAUCCUAAAUGGCUUAAGCAUUUGACAGUUUACUAUAUGUGUUUGUGUGUGAAACAAGUUGACUAUUCUGGAUCUGGGUAUGACAUUUCUGCGAAAUUUCAAAUGAAAGAACUGUCAGAAUGACUGCAUUUGGUGCAUUAAUUUAAGCUUAUUUAUUCUGUUAAGCAUGGAUUUGGUUUAGUGCCUUCUGUUUCUCAGCCAUAACCACAUAAUAAAGUUGCCUGCUGUUACAAUAUAUAUACAUUGUCAGAUUAUUGAAGAAAUAAAAUGAAAUUCCUAUCGCAAAU